UCCCCUCCUUAUCUCUGCAGACAGCCGUAGCAACAAAAAACCACUAAGCUAGUCAUUGACAUUCACUAGGGAGAGAGAACAAUGGUGACGGCUGAGCCGCCAUCAGCCUCGGUAGCCACUGGCGGUAUGAAGUCGGUGUGGUCCCGCAUCCUCCUGGGGCGGUGGUUCAUGGCCUUUGCAUCCCUCCUCAUAAUGUCCGUGGCCGGGGCGACCUACAUGUUUGGCCUGUACUCUGGUGACAUCAAGACCUCCCUCGGCUAUGACCAGUCGACGUUGAACUUGCUGAGCUUCUUCAAGGACCUCGGGGGGAACGUCGGGGUUGUGUCGGGCCUCAUCAACGAGGUCACCCCACCAUGGGUGGUCCUUUCCGUUGGGGCCAUCAUGAACUUCUCCGGCUACUUCAUGAUAUGGCUCUCCGUCACGGGCCGGAUCUCUAAGCCAUCUGUCUGGCAGAUGUGCCUGUACAUCUGCAUCGGUGCCAACUCCCAGACGUUUGCCAACACCGGGGCUCUCGUGACUGCCGUCAAGAACUUCCCCGAGAGCCGGGGAAGUGUCCUCGGCCUAUUAAAAGGAUUCGUCGGCCUUAGUGGAGCUAUCAUGACUCAGCUUUACCGCGCUUUCUAUGGAAACGACUCGAAGGCUCUUAUCCUUCUUAUCGGGUGGCUCCCAGCGGCAGUCUCAUUCGUGUUCCUCCGAACAAUCCGGAUCAUGAAGGUUGUUCGGCAAUCGAACGAGCUUCGGGUGUUCUACGACUUCCUCUACAUCUCACUCGGCCUUGCCGGCUUCCUCAUGGUGAUCAUCAUAUUGCAAAACAGGCUCACCUUCAACAGGACUGAGUAUGUUGGGAGUGCCUCUGUAGUGCUUAUUUUGCUCUUCGUCCCUCUCGCUAUAGUCAUAAGGGAAGAAAUCAACCUAUGGAGGAGCAAAAACGAGGCCUCCAAUGGUCCUCAUCAACUUAAGAUAGUCACUGAAAAUCCCCCGUCGAUCGAGUUAACGGCGAAACCAGCAGUGCCGGAGCUGGAAGUUCCAACGACCUCGGAAAAGACGGUUUCGUGCACGAGCAACAUAUUCAGGCCGCCGGACAGGGGCGAGGACUACACAAUCCUCCAGGCGCUCUUCAGUGUCGACAUGCUGAUCCUGUUCGUGGCAACGACGUGCGGCGUCGGUGGGACGCUGACGGCAAUUGACAACCUGGGCCAGAUUGGAGCUGCACUGGGCUACCCGGCCCGGAGUGUCACGACGUUUGUGUCGCUCGUGAGCAUAUGGAACUACCUGGGCCGUGCCGUGGCGGGGUUCGCCUCGGAGGUCCUGCUUGUAAAGUACAGUUGCCCCCGCCCUCUCCUCUUCACGCUCGUCCUCGUACUCUCCUGCCUGGGACACCUUCUCAUCGCGUUCGGGGUCCCCAACUCCCUCUACGUGGCAUCUGUAGUCAUCGGGUUCUGCUUUGGGGCCCAGUGGCCUCUCCUGUUCGCGAUCAUAUCGGAGAUAUUCGGGCUCAAGUACUACUCCACCCUCUACAACGUUGGAGCCGCGGCCAGCCCUUUCGGGUCCUACAUCCUCAACGUGAAGGUGGCGGGCUGGCUCUACGACAGGGAGGCCCGGAGGCAAAUGGUGGCCCGAGGGCUCAGAGGGGCAGCCGAGGGGGAACUGACCUGCACCGGCGUGGAGUGCUACAAGACGGCCUUUCUUAUCAUCACGGCGGCAACUUUGUUCGGGUGUUUGGUUUCCUUCAUUCUGGUGAUCCGGACAAGGAAGUUCUAUCAAGGCGACAUAUACAAGAAAUUCCGGGAGGCAGCGGAGCAUGGUGAGGACCGCAAAAAUGAUGGUGGCAUCACUGGCUCCGCCGAGGAUCGUGUCACCGCGGCCGAUUCCCGGUGAUUCUGGAAGAUUUGAAUGCCAUAUUGCUGCCAUAAAUAAGCAUUUUUCUCGACAGAACCAUGCAUAUUCUUGUGCUAGCUAACUAGUUCCCCUACGAUUUUACUUAGAUUAAAAAAUUCCUGAAAACCAAGGAUUACUGCCUGCUUCCUCGUAACAUGAUGAAUUUACUUUAAAAGAAGUUGUUCUCCGACCGUACAGGAAAGGAUAAGUUAUUGUCGUCAA